AUGGAAACGGGGAGUGCAGCAAGGACAAAUGGUACCACUGGGAAGCCAGAGGAUGUGAAGAGUCCAUCUGCCCCCAAAAAAGAAGAAGAAGUGAAGAAGACCACAAACCCUGGUGGAGGUGAGAAGGAAGCUCUGAAGGGCACUGGCGGUGCUUCUUUGGAGACAGGACAAAUCAAGAGCUCCCUCUUCUCUGGGAGUGACUGGAAGAGGCCCAUCAUUCAGUUUGUGGAGUCGUCCGAUGAGAAGAGAUCAACCUACUUCAGCAUGGAUUCAGCAGAUUCAAAGAAGAUGCAAUAUGCCAGUGGACAGAUAGGAGACAUGAGGAGACCACCCCUCUCCUUUGCAGAGAAAGGUGAUCUCAGGAAGUCCCUCUUCUCCUUGGAUUCCAAAAAGAGCUUCCUGCCUAGUGAAGGGGAAGGGAGGAAGUCGUUGUUCUCUGGGGGGCAGAUGGGGGACCUGAAGAAAACUUCCCUCCCUCUGGUGGAGACAGGGGACCUGAGAAGAUCCACCUUCAACAAGCCUGACAGAGCAGCUGGGUCACGGCCCAGGGUGAAGCUCGAGGAUGUUCUGUGCGAUUCCUGCAUCGAUAACAAGCAGAAGGCCGUGAAGUCCUGCUUGGUGUGCCAGGCUUCCUUCUGUGAGCUGCACCUCAAGCCCCACCUGGAGGGAGCAGCUUUCCGGGACCACCAGCUCCUGGACCCCAUCAGGGACUUUGAAGCAAGAAAAUGCCCUGUGCAUGGGAAGACCAUGGAGCUGUUCUGUCAGACAGACCAGAUGUGCAUCUGCUACCUCUGCAUGUUCCAGGAGCACAAGAACCACAGCACAGUGACAGUGGAGAUCGAGAAAGCGGGAAAAGAGGCUGAGCUUUCACUGCAGAAAGAGCAACUGCAGCUGAAGAUCAUUGAGGUAGAAGAUGAAAUGGAUAAGUGGCAGAAGGAGAGGGACCGUAUCAAGAACUACACCACUAAUGAGAAAGCCACAGUGGACCAGCAUUUCAAAGAGCUGAUCCGUGACUUGGAGAGGCAGAGGGAUGAAGUGAAGGCUGCCCUGGACCAGAGGGAAAAGAUUGCAUCCGAGAACGUGAAAGAAAUUGUGGAUGAGCUGGAAGAGAGGGCAAAGCUUCUGCGGGAGGACAAGGAGAACAGGGAGCAGAUCCACCAGAUCAGUGACUCUGUGCUCUUCCUGCAGGAGUUUGGGGCUUUGAUGCGGAAUUACGUCCCCCCUCCAUCUCUCCCAACAUACAGUGUGCUGCUUGAAGGGGAGAGCAUGAGCCCAUCUAUGGGACUCCUCAGAGAUGACCUCCUAAAUGUCUGCAUGAGGCAUGUGGAGAAGAUCUGCAAGGCCGACCUUGGCCGCAACUUCAUAGAGAGGAACCACAUGGAGAAUGGUGACCACCGGUACAUGAUGAACAACUAUGAGUGGAACCAGCCCGACAACUUGAAGAGAUUUUCCAUGUUCCUGUCUCCCAAAGCCAGUUUCAACCCACGAUCAUGGGAAUUUUCCUCCUUCCAAGCGACUGAGGAAACACUUGUAGGCAAUGGUACUAAGCUGCCUUUUCAGUUCUCCUCGGUGGGACAGAAUCCGCCUGGUGACUUCAGCAAACAGUCUGAUGGGAGCCUCUUCACUAAGACUGCUUAUCCUUCAAUAGUGAGACAUCAGUCUGCAAAGGUGACGCCACAGACAUGGAAAUCCUCUAAGCAGUCUGUAUUGUCACAUUACCGCCCCUUUUACGUCAACAAAGGCAAUGGAACCACUUCCAACGAGGCACCUUGA